AUAUCCUAUAAAUAUGCCCUCGACGGUCAUCCCAGCUGGUCCUUCACGACCAAUAAUGUGUUGGAUUUCCCGCAUAAUCUCUCUCCCACCAUUGAGCCGUUGAUGGGGUUCAUUUGUAAUCGGUUGGCCACUCCGUGCAAGGCCCCUCAGGAGACGGUGGAUGCGUGUUGGGCCGCGGAGCAGCAGGUGAUGUUGACGGGGAGAGUGGGACAGGAUGCGGCGGAUUUGUGGAAUGAGUUGAUUGCGAGUGCUUAG